CGGUUCCGCUUCAAAGACUGAGUGGAGCGGAUAAAACGCAACCUAUAUAAAGACUGCUAAUUGAGCAAAUAUUAAGAUUCGGUGUUCGAACUUUAUCCAAUAAAUUAAACGGUUACAAAAAUAUCACAAUUAAAGCUAUAUAUUUAAUACUUCGGUAAAGUUAAUAUCUGUGUAUACUUUGGUUUUUUAUUAAUAAUUUACCUUUUCAAAUUAACUUUAUUUGAAAAUUUAAUUGUUAUAUUAAGAUAAUUGUGUUUAGGCUGGCUGCUUUGGAUUUAUUUAAUCGGACAUUGAGAGAAGAUAUAAAAAUGAAGCGUUCUGAUGUCAUGAAGAUAUUGUUCGUUUGUGUGUGCGUUUGUCAUAUUUGCCCAGCUCACAAUGCCUGUGGGGAGAAUCCACUAAGGCUUGUUGACGACUUCUCAAGAGACAGAGGAUUUGAUCCAGAAACAAUGCUAGCAUAUAUGCGGGAGAGGGCACCAAACGACUACAGUCAGCUUAUGUCGGAUUAUCGUGUGUAUCUAGGCUGCACACAAUCUAUGCAUACAGGUUACUUCAAACGCUCAGUGGACGCACAAGACGACCCAUACAAUUCUCUACCACUUGAACAGAUAAAUGACGUCGACAAACAAUUCAUGAACAAAUUUGGCGAAACUGUGAUGAAGCUUUUUGGUUCAAGACAACAAAGUCCUCGCUUGAGCAGAAAUCAUUUUAAUUCCAUGUCAACAAUGUCUAAAAUUAAUGUGGAAAGCCUAGAAGAUCCGCUGUCUAACCGGGAUGAUCUUCCGUUUAUAAUAAAAAGACUUCUCAGGAGUAAGAUUACAGCUUCACACCAAAAAAGAGACAGACGACUGCAUACGAAAGAAUUCAUGAACCUAUGACGUCAUGUAAAGCCACGUGACUUCUCACGCAGACGAGAAACAAUCACAUUCCCUUAAUACAUGUUCAUGUGCAUUAAAGUAUUUGCUUUAAUUUAUUUUGUUUAUAUGACUUUAUUUAUUUGUUGUUGUUGAACAUAUUUUUUAAGUUUCUUUCAUUUCAAGAAAAUGUAAGAAUAGUUAAAUACGCAGUACAGCGGCAAUGUUAAUAGAUAUACUGACCUUGUUUUAAUUUCUGAAUGUAUUCAUACAUGAUAUUGAUUUUACAUGAACAUAUUUGUAAAAAAGUGACAUUUAAAAAAACUUGGCAGAGAUUUAAAUGAUAACAUAAGAAAUGAAACACUUGACUCUUUUUCAUGAAUAUAAACACUUGCUUACACUGUCCACAAAAUCAUUAACUCCAGACCAUUGUAUGGCAUUUCCGGCUGGAAAAUUUUUUUUUUAAUUUGCCUCAUUUUAUAUUCUAGAAUUGUAUUUAAUAUCUACACGACAUAUCUCCAGUGCCACAUAUAAAAAUAUUUAUUACUAUUAUUUAUCAUGAUUCUGUUAACGCUUUUACUUGGGCGUUCAUUGCCUCAACUUGAUUGUUUCAUCAUAGAGAAUAUCAAGAAAAAUUAAAACGUAUAUACAAUAUGAUGGAAGCUGAUGUUUGUGAAUCAUGAAAAAUGUAAAUUGUAUAUUCUUACAUGAAUUUAUUGUUGCGUCACAUGUAUGAUGUCAUUUCACAAGCAGAUAUGUCACGACUUUAAAAAAUAUCAUUUUGUUUAUA